AGCAAGGCGGAAGAUAUUCACAGGAGCGAGCUCGGUGCUGAGGCGUGUGAGUGUGAGCCACCUCGGCGCUAUUCAUCAAGUAUUUUGGCACCCAAUUGAAAAGGAUGCAGUGGUCCUUGAACACGCUGCCCUUGCCUCCAUAUGUUGAAAUGAGUGUCCACUCACUGAGUGGCAUUCUGUGGACUCUCCUGCUCUUGUUCCUGUGGCACUGUUACCGAAUGGGUUCGGAUCUCCCAUCGGUGGCUCACGGCCAAAGCGGAAAAGCGGGUUCAAGAAGGUCCGCUAGUGGAAGCUGUGCUGGAAGAAAGCACAAUGAGCACUCCAAGCUCUUCAACGGUGAACCAAAGAGACCUUUUAUUAGCAUGGAACCCGAAGAGGAUGAGGAGCCGGGACGGGGGUAUGUCACGCCCGUGCUGAGUCAUGCCGUGUUCCCAGCCCAUGCGUCCGCAGACGCCAGGAAACUCUACUCAGCCCUGCAAGAAUAUGCCAAACGCUACAGCUGGGUGGGGAUGGGUCGCAUACAUAAAGGUCUUCGAGAACAGGUCCGACUGAACGAUCAUUCAACAAUACAAAAGCCACACCUCUUCUACCUGCCGGAUGUCCCAAGUGUUCCUUUCUUUCCACGUGAUGCCCACAGACAUGACAUCGAAGUCCUGGAAGCGAACUAUCAUGUCAUCCUGGCAGAGUUCCAGGCCGUGUACCAAAGAGGCACUGAUUCCAAAGUUGGCUGGACUUUUAUGGGGCCGAAGGGCCAGGCUGUGUUUCCACUGUACAGUUCCGGCGUGUGCGUAGCGGCCAACUGUCGCUCCUGUCCCUGCACGUACCGGACACUGCUGUCUCUUCGCACAUUCAUAAGCAGCAACUCUUUGGGAUCCGCUGGAUUUUGGUUGCUGGGGCCCGGUUCUACACUGGGGAGCUCGUACGGACCCACAAACGCAAGGCUGCGCUGUCAUCUAGGUCUGCAAACCCCCCCUCUGUGUGAACUGGUGGUGGGAGGGGAGCCUCAGUGCUGGUCUGAGGGACACUGCCUCCUGUUUGAUGACUCAUUCCUACACACGGUUUCACACAAAGGGCCCCCAGAAGCUGGACCCCGAAUUAUUCUAAGUGUGGACCUCUGGCAUCCCAAUGUGGCUGCAGCUGAGAGACAAGCGCUGGACUUCAUGUUCAGUCCCAAGCCGUGACUUGUCAAUCCAUUCUGACCUUGGGCCCGAUGGUUAUGCAACACACGGAAGGGGGGGGGGGGGGCUGCACGUUUAUACAUUUACCCCCGGUCUAUGAAUCACUGUGUACAUCAGCCUUGAGAUUCCCAUUUAUUCCCAUUCCCGUUUACUCAUCCCGGAGUGCAUGUUGUGUACAUGAAAACAUUAUUAUUAUGGAUGAACUUUGGAAUUGAACAUCGUCUAAACCAUGACGUUACGUAAUAUACUCGUAAAUGCUGUUUGCAUGUGAAACGUCAAAUGCUCGUGAAUGCAGCCGACAUACUGUGAAAUGAAGUAAUAAAAGUAUCAAUUUUUCAAUAUCAAAAAUAUCAAGUUUUUUUAAUGUUGAUGGCCACAAAUUCUUCAUAUUGUUUUAUUUACAACUUCUAUAACCUUCAUAACAUCUUCACAGGCUAUAAAUACUCCUCCUUUAAUUAUUAGAGAUAUUAGAGAUUAUUAUAGAGAUGGCCGAGGGUGGAAUUGAACUCGGGUCUCCAGCAAAAGAGUUGUGUAACGUCAUAAAUAAUGAAUUAUAGGAGUGUAUAAGUGACUAUAGGGGUGCUACUUCAUGUCUAGAGAGCUCUAAUAAUGUUAAAAAAACACAUUUAGAAGGUUCAUUCAUUCAUUCAUUUUCUAUCCGCUUAUCCUCACGAGGGUCGCGGGGGUGCUGGAGCCUAUCCCAGCUGUCCGAAGGUGGAAUUGAACUCAGGUCUCCAGCAAAAGAGUUGUGUAAUGUCAUAAAUAAUGAAUUAUAGGAGGGUAUAAAUGACUAUAGGGGUGCUACUUCAUGUCUAGAGAGCUCUAAUAAUGUUAAGAAAACACAUUUAGAAGGUUCAUUCAUUCAUUCAUUUUCUAGGGCUAAUCCUCACAAGGGUCGCGGGGGUGCUGCAGCCUAUCCCAGCUGGCCGAAGGUGGAAUUGAACUCGGGUCUCCAGCAAAAAAGUUGUGUAAUGUCAUAAAUAAUGAAUUAUAGGAGUGUAUAAGUGACUAUAGGGGUGCUACUUCAUGUCUAGAGAGCUCUAAUAAUGUUAAAAAAACACAUUUAGAAGGUUCAUUCAUUCAUUCAUUCAUUUUCUAGCACUUAUCCU